ACAGACACUUCUUGAGCUGAAUCUGACUUUUACUCCUUCACUUCAUCGAGGAUCAUCAUGGCGAACCAGGCACCGAACAAAGCUCAAGAGCGCCUCUCGCAGGUUGCAGACCACAUGUCUGGAGCUUCAAGCAAGAAGGGCAAGGCCAGCUUGUUGGAGAAGCACCCCGAUGAUAUCGUCGUAACAUGCGCCCUCCGCACGCCCUUCACAAAGGGCGGCAAAGGCGGCCUCAAAGACACCCAAGCCGCCGACCUCCUCACCGGCGCCUUCAAAGCGCUCCUCAACCGCUCGAAAAUCGACCCCAACCUCGUCGAAGACAUCGCUGUCGGCGCCGUCCUCGCCCCCGGCGGUGGCGCCACAGAAUUCCGCGCCGCCGCCCUGGCCGCCGGCUUCCCCGUCACCACCUCGUGCAAGUCGCUCAACCGGCAAUGCUCGUCGGGCCUGCAAGCGUGCGUCGACAUUGCCAACGCAAUCAAAUCCGGCAUGAUUGAAAUCGGCAUCGGCGCGGGCGCAGAGUCCAUGUCGACGCAAUACGGGCCCGGCGCCGUCUCUGAAUUCUCGCCCUUGCUCGAAUCCCACAGGGAGAGCGCAAACUGCAAAGUCCCCAUGGGCGUGCUGAGCGAGCAAAUGGCCAAGGCUAAAGGCAUCCCGAGGUCCGCACAGGACGCGUUUGCCGCCAGCUCGUUCCAGAAGGCCAUCGAGGCGCAGAAGCAGGGGCUUUUUGAUGCCGAGAUCGCGCCGUUGACGGUGCAGUGGACGGACCCCAAGACGGACGAGGAGAAGACGAUUACCGUCGCCAAGGACGAUGGCGUCAGGGAAGGGUAUUACUGCGGAAUCGCUGGCCAAGAAUUCGUCCCGGCCUUCUCAAAGGACGGCUCGAUCCAUGCGGGUAACGCGUCGCAAAUCUCAGACGGCGCGGCCGCCGUGCUGCUCAUGAAGCGCAGCACCGCGCAGCGCCUCGGGCAGACUAUUGUCGGGAAAUUCGUGCAGGCCAGCAUCGUCGGCGUGCCGCCUCUACUCAUGGGCACGGGCUUGUCCACUGGUGAUGUGGAUAUCUGGGAAAUCAACGAGGCUUUUGCGAGCCAGUGUCUGUACUGCAUCAAGGAGCUGGGCAUCGAUGAGAAGAAGGUGAAUCCCAAGGGCGGCGCGAUUGCGUUUGGACAUCCCCUGGGAGUCACGGGGGCGAGGCAGGUUAGCACGCUGUUGACGGAGCUGAAGAGGACGGGCAAGAAGAUUGGUGUGACGAGUAUGUGCGUGGGCACGGGCAUGGGCAUGGCGGCGGUUUGGGUGGCGGAGUAG